UGGCUGGGGUUGGCAUGGGGACUCUCGUAUCCAGAGAAUCAUUUUCCGUCCACCCUCUGUCCCCAGACGCCAUGGAGGUGCUGCUGAUCUUUCUGUGCAGCCUGCUGGCCCCCAUGGUCCUGGCCAGUGCAGCUGAUAAGGAGAAAGAAAAGGACCCCUUCCAUUAUGACUACCAGACCUUGAGGAUCGGGGGACUGGUGUUUGCUGUGGUCCUGUUCUCCGUGGGGAUCCUCCUUAUCCUCAGUCGCAGGUGCAAGUGCGGUUUCACUCCGAAGCCCCGGGCUCCAGGGGACGAGGAGGCCCAGGUGGAGAACCUCAUCACUGCCAAUGGUAACUGUCAUGGCCACCUGCCCAGGUGGCAUGGCGGGAAUGGGUGAAGGUCCUCAUAUGGC